GCUAGUCACUCAAUCCACUAUUCUUUUACUGGCUAAGGCUAACCAGCUAUGAAUGAUCAUGGAGUAAAGAAAUCACAACCCAGAAGAUAAAAUCAAUCAAAGCAGAAACACAAUUACACAAGACCAGACCUCAAAACUUCGUCUCCCAUGUCUACUUCAUCUCUACCACUUCCCACACCACUCCCAUCUUACAAUCUCUCACCUCACAGGCAACUCUCUAAUUCACAAUUCUCUCUCCAAGACCCACUUCUCCCUUCCCUUGAUGAACCCCUAAAAUCCCUCAAAACCCCAACAAUUCGCACCCGUUUGAGCCAACUUUGUAGAGAUGGACAACCCCAUAUUGCCCGCCAAGUGUUCGACGCAUUGCCUAAACCAACUACUGUUGUUUGGAACACUAUAAUUAUCGGCUUUAUUUGUAACAAUCUUCCCUUUGAAGCUCUCUUGUUUUACUCUCGAAUGCGGUCUACACCAUCCACCACCAACUGUGAUUCCUACACGUACUCAUCUGUUCUUAAGGCUUGCGCUGAUACCCGCCUUUUAAGGGUUGGUAAGGCUGUUCAUUGCCAUGUUAUAAGGUCUCAUAUUAAUGCUAGUAGAAUUGUGUAUAACUCUUUGUUGAAUAUGUACUCUACUUGUCUUGCAACUACUGUUGUUUCGCAGUUAAGUGAGGUUGAUACUGUUCGUAGAGUCUUUGGUACUAUGAAGAAGAAGAAUGUUGUUGCUUGGAAUACUAUGAUUUCUUGGUUUGUGAAAACUGAGAGGUUUAAUGAGGCUGUUAGAUAUUUUAGGUUAAUGAUGAUAAUGGGCAUUAUACCUACCCCUGUUAGCUUUAUUAAUGUGUUUCCGGCUGUUUCGGGUGUUUGUGAUCACAAGCUUGCCAAUGUUUUAUAUGGGAUGCUUGUCAAGUUUGGAGGUGGAUAUGUUGAUGACUUGUUUUCUGUCAGCUCAGCAAUAGUUAUGUUCUCAGAAAUUGGGUGUCAAGGUUUAGCUAGGAAGGUUUUUGAUGGGUGCUUGGACAAGAAUGUAGAGGUGUGGAACAGUAUGAUUGGUGGGUAUCUGCAGAAUAGCUGUUACAUUGAGGCACUUGAACUCUUCGUGGCAGCUCUGAGUUCGGAGCAGGUAUCACUUGAUAAUGUUAGUUAUAUUUCAGCUCUAACCACCGUCUCACAAAUGCAGCAAAUGCAUAUUGGUCAACAGCUGCACGCUCAUGUAUUGAAGAAUCCGACAACUUUGUCUGUCACUGUACUAAAUGCUGUUAUUGUUAUGUAUUCGAGGUGUAAUUAUAUUCAUGAAGCCUUUAAGGUUUUCGAGGGGAUGGCUGAAAGAGAUGCUGUGUCAUGGAAUACUAUGAUUACAGCCCUUGUGCAGAAUGGGUUGGAUGAUGAAGGACUGAUGCUUGUUUACGAGAUGCAGAACCAGGGUUUUGUAGUUGAUGCAAUAACAGUUACAGCUAUACUCUCAGCUGCAUCAAAUCUCAGAAGUGAGUUCAUCGGGAAGCAGACUCAUGCAUAUCUAAUAAGGAAGGGGAUUGAGUUUCAGGGCAUGAACAGCUAUUUAAUAGAUAUGUAUGCUAAAUCUGGUUUCAUAAAGAAAGCACAGCUGUUGUUUGAAGAAAGCGAUGAGCUAAGUAGAGAUCAAGCAACAUGGAAUUCCAUGGUUUCCAGUAACACACAGAAUGGGCUGAUUGAAGAGGCUUUUAUUGUGUUUCGCCAAAUGCUUAUCAGAAAUGUGCUCCCAAAUGCUGUUACUAUGGCAUCAAUUCUCCCAGCUUGCAGUCAAAUUGGGAGCACUGCAUUGGGUAAGCAGCUCCAUGCCUUUUCUGUCCGCCACUGCCUAGACCAAAAUCUGUUUGUGGGAACUGCUUUAGUAGAUAUGUAUUCAAAGCUCGGGGCGAUUGCUUCUGCUGAAAGUGUGUUUGCGUUAACCCUCACUAAAACUCCUGUUACAUACACUAACAUGAUAUUGGGUUAUGGACAACAUGGAAUGGGAGCUAAAGCUCUCGCCUUAUUUGGUGAAAUGCAGAGUUCAGGUAUAAGACCUGAUGCAGUCACUUUCAUCGCAGUAUUGUCCGCAUGCAGCUAUGCUGGAUUGGUUGAUGAAGGUCUUAGGAUUUUGGAGUCAAUGGAGGUAAAAUAUGGGAUUGAACCUUCAGUUGAGCACUAUGCUUGUGUGGUGGACAUGUUGGGAAGAGAUGGAAGGUUAAUGGAGGCCUUUGAGUUGGCUGAAAAGUUGGGCGAGGUGGGUAGUGCAAUUCAAGCUUGGGGAUCACUUCUUGCAGCUUGCAAAACUCGCAGAGAAUAUGAGUUAGCAAAGAUUGUUGCCAAUAAAUUACUUGAUAUGGAGUCUAGGAAUAGUAGGAGUGGGUACCAUGUACUGUUAUCAAACUUAUACGCAGAUGAAGGAUAUUGGGAACUCGCUGAUAGAGUCAGAAAAGAGAUGCGAGAGAGGGGUGAGAGGAAGGAAGUUGGCUGCAGUUGGAUAGAGACUUCUGGUCGUGUAAACUACUUUGUGUCAAAAGAUAUGAAGCACCAAGAAUGUGAGCAUAUAUAUGAGAUCCUGGCAAAGUUAGCUUCGAAUAUGUGGGAUGCAGGUUACACUACUCUUUGUUAUGGCGAUACACAAAUAGACUAGGUAUCUGAUGGUGAUGAUUGAGUGGAUUGAGUUGACCCCCAGAUCCAAGAUGAGAUUCGAUCAGAGUAACAAUAAGAUUAGUGCUCAUACAACUUCUGUUGCUGAGGAUUUUGGGACAUGACAUGUCUUUUACUAGCUCAGAAGAAAGGGAAAUUAAAAGGCUUAGAGUGAGGACUGAGGAGAAUUCAACGAGUAGCAGCGUAAUUUUGUGAAUGUACUGUUGGACCUUUUUAUGAUUACCAAUGUCAGGAGCUACGUCCAUUUUGAGGGACUUCCGAGUUUAAAAUUUAAACUCUGUGGCAUAAACUGAUAAAAGGCAUGUAUCAUGGCAGACUUGUGCACCAGCACUGUGGUUGUGUUUUGUCACUGUAAAAGGAACAGGAAGUCAAGGUCUGAGUUCCGUAGUUGAACAUUCUGAAAUCUGAAGUCAGAUAUUUCAGACUUGCAGGAUCUGAAUUAUGAGGAUUUUUUGUGCCAUCAGUUUUGUUGAUGUGCACUGUGCAGCCUACAUAGCACAACUAACAACUUGAUCCGAUAAAGCAGGACAAAAUACAACUAAUUAAGCAGAAAACAACCACUUGAGCUGUGUAUGGAUCUGGUUCACAUUCAAGCUCAGUAGUCAGUAUCAUAUCUCUCUUUUCUUAGCUUCCUCCCUCCAUUCAUCGUUUUGAAAUGUCUGUUUAAUUACGGAAUGAUGAAUGAUUAGCAUAUCUCGAAUGAUGAACACCAUUUGUUUCAUUGAAAAUGAUAGGUUUGAUGUAUGUUCAUACACACCAGCUAGAAAAUAUAUUAUUUAUCAAAUUCUAACAAUUGUUAUGCAAAAUAGUCUAAUUUCUGGUAUGUCUGCAACGGUAGUUUCCUGCCCUUGUAAGGGGAAAUUAUCAACUGUAUUAUUCUUUUAUCUGAUAUCUGAUUCAGUUUUGCCCCUUUUGGAA